UUCAAAUUAGUUUAACAAUCAACAAGUAUAUAUAUACACGACUAAUUGUGAUCUUUUCAACAAUUUAUAUCAACUCAGUGUUUAAUACAGUUUGAAAAAAGUGAUUCUCAACAAUUAAUUCCAAUCAAUUUGUGAUCUAAUUAAACAACAACCAUGCAAAGUAUUACCUUUAGCCUCCUCUUAGCUGCGAUUCUCUGUUUCUUUUCGUUAAUUCCUUUAGUAAUUAAUCAAACUCAUGGACAAUCAUGUCACCUCAGGGAAUUAGAUCUUUGUGCCGCCACAUUAUUGGUAUUCACUCAAAAUCCAUCAGAAAUCACUGGAUCUGAAAUUGAACUGGACAAACAAUGUGGCUUCAUAAGGGAAGCUGAAAGUUGUCGGCGUAACUUUACCCAGCGAUGUACGACUCCUCUUCAAAGAGAGCUGAUUGAUUACCUUGGUGAGGGAGGUCGACAAGUGGGAGAUGAAUUUUGUACCAGAGGAAGUCCACUUCGAGAAGAGUAUAAGCGUCAUGCUCGUUGUUUAGGUUCAACUCGACGUGAAUCAGCUUGGUGUUCAAAAGAUUUACAAAGAGCGAUGGAAGUUGUCACCAAUUCUGCUUUGGAUGCAAGAAUUUCCACCGCGUGUUGUGCAUUCAAUAGGUACGAUUCUUGUACCAGUAACAUUAUCUCAUCUCGAUGUGGACCUCAAGCUUUAGCUUUAUCCCGACGGGUAAUUAGACUUGCCGCUUCUCGAUUACCAGAAAUGUUAUGUUCGUCCUAUCCGGCCACAAGUAAAAAGUGCAUCGAAGUGCUACCCGCUUCCGGUGAAGCUCCACUCGGUUCGAGAUCUAAUAGUCUCUUAUCAAGACUUUUCUCAACCUAUGGUUCAAUCUAAUUAGAUUUCAUUUCUACGAUUCUCUUAAUUGGUAAUCAAAUAAUUCACCAUAAAAGAGAUUAAAAAUUUACAAUUUAAAUGAUUUUUCAAUUGAUUUAUAAUGUAGACAGUUAAUUGUUUCCUUCGUUGUGUAACAAUCAACAGUUUCCUCAAUUAUCAAAUCAUAAAUACUCGUGUUUGCAUUAAUAAAAUACAAACAAUUUAGCAAAAAAUGACAAUAAAUCAACAAGAAGAAUCAUUAAUUCAUUAGUAAUACUAAAAUCUUUCUAAUGAUAAUCAACAAUCAAGAGGAAAAUUGUGAUUGAAUCAAUACAAGUUAACCUUGAUUGUUUACUAUUAAUUAAAUGAGAGAUUCAUAAUUUCAAUGAAAUUAUCAUGCAAUAGAUAUUAUAAUGUACUUUUGAUUAAACCACAUGAUCAUAGAUUGUGAUGAUUAACGAUUAACAAUCAAUGUUAAUUAACAUGAUUGAAUCUAAUGUAUUAAAUGAAUCACUGCUUUCAAUAAAUGUAAAAAUCAAUUAAAAUCAAUAAAAUUGAUCACAAUGAAAUUGUAAUGUAAACGAUAAGAGUUAAACAUGAUUACAAUUAAUGAAUGAAUGAAUUUGUCAGUCAAUUGUUACAGUUAAUCAAAGUGAAAGUGAAUCAAAUAAAUUCAACUUACCAGGAAUUAAAUCCAAUUCAACUGUAAAUGGUUUUCCUUUGGUCAGUACACAUGUUUCUUGUUCUGGGUCACAAACGUCAACUUUAAUACCCUUCACUUGACCAUUACCUUUGAGAGAAACACUUUUACUUAUUAGAUGGACAAUGGUCAAGAUUGAAAGAGAAAGAGAGAAAAUUAAACUCACCACAAUCACGAUAUUCAAGAGCAUAACAAGAUGAAAGGAGAAGUGUUGAAAUUAGAAGAUGAAAUUGAUUGAACAUUGUUGAUCUUGUUAACUGAUUGUAUUUCUAUGGAUCAAAUAACAAUUUAAGAAUAUGAAUCAACUUAAUAUUAGAAAAGAAAAACAAAUUCUAGUGACUAGAGAUUAUCAAUUUUGAGAGAGUCAAAAAUAA